UUCCUCCCCCCUACCCCACCCCCCCACCCCCAACCCGAGGCAGGCUCCCGCGGCGGCCGGGACCUCGCGUCCCCGCAUCGUGGCCAGGGCUGCAUCUUUCAUGAGCCCGGGGUGAACAGGUGCGAAGUGCGCUGGGAGCAUCCGGCCGGCGGCGGCCGAGCGCGGGGAACAUGGAGAGCGAGCGCGACAUGUACCGCCAGUUCCAGGACUGGUGCCUCAGGACUUACGGGGACUCAGGCAAGACCAAGACGGUGACCCGUAAGAAAUACGAGCGGAUCGUCCAGCUCCUCAACGGCUCCGAGUCGAGCUCCACGGACAACGCCAAAUUUAAAUUCUGGGUCAAAUCGAAGGGCUUCCAGCUGGGCCAGCCGGACGAGGUCCGCGCGGGAGGCGGCGGAGCCAAGCAGGUGCUCUACGUGCCGGUCAAGACAACGGAUGGCGUGGGGGUAGAUGAGAAGCUGUCUUUACGGAGGGUAGCUGUGGUUGAAGAUUUCUUUGACAUUAUCUAUUCGAUGCAUGUGGAAACUGGGCCAAAUGGAGAACAAAUUCGGAAGCAUGCUGGACAGAAGAGAACUUACAAAGCAAUUUCAGAGAGCUAUGCCUUCCUACCAAGAGAAGCGGUGACACGGUUUCUAAUGAGCUGCUCAGAGUGCCAGAAAAGAAUGCAUUUAAACCCAGAUGGAACAGAUCAUAAAGAUAAUGGAAAACCUCCUACUUUGGUGACCAGCAUGAUUGACUACAACAUGCCAAUUACUAUGGCCUAUAUGAAGCACAUGAAGCUGCAGCUGCUAAACUCACAGCAAGAUGAGGAUGAAAGUUCAAUAGAAAGUGAUGAAUUUGAUAUGAGUGACUCAACUCGGAUGUCAGCUGUGAACUCUGAUCUUAGCUCCAAUCUCGAGGAAAGAAUGCAAAGUCCCCAGACUCUUCAUGGCCAACAAGAUGAUGAUUCUGCUGCAGAGAGCUUUAAUGGCAAUGAGACUCUGGGGCCCAGUUCCAUUGCUUCAGGGGGAACGCACAGCAGGGAGAUGGGAGACUCCAACAGUGAUGGCAAAACUGGGCUGGAGCAGGAUGAGCAGCCACUGAACCUGAGUGACAGUCCCCUCUCUGCACAGUUGACUUCGGAAUACAGAAUAGAUGAUCCCAGCAGUAAUGGAAAAAACAAAUACAAGAAUCUUCUAAUUUCUGACCUCAAGAUGGAACGAGAGGCGAGAGAAAAUGGAAGCAAGUCUCCUGCUCAUAGUUACUCAAGCUAUGACUCUGGCAAAAAUGAGAGUGUAGACCGAGGUGCCGAGGACCUGUCCCUGAACAGGGGAGAUGAGGAUGAAGAUGACCAUGAUGAUCAUGACGAUUCUGAGAAAGUGAACGAGACAGAUGGCGUGGAAGCCGAGCGGCUGAAAGCUUUCAAUAUGUUUGUCAGGCUGUUUGUAGAUGAAAACUUGGACCGAAUGGUCCCAAUCUCUAAGCAGCCCAAAGAAAAGAUCCAGGCUAUCAUUGACUCAUGCAGGCGACAGUUCCCUGAGUACCAAGAGCGUGCCAGAAAACGUAUACGGACUUACCUCAAGUCCUGCAGGCGGAUGAAAAGAAGUGGUUUUGAGAUGUCUCGACCUAUUCCUUCCCACCUUACUUCAGCAGUUGCAGAGAGUAUCUUGGCUUCAGCCUGUGAGAGUGAGAGCAGAAAUGCUGCCAAGAGGAUGCGUCUGGAUAGACAACAGGAUGAGUCUGCUGCAGCCGACAAACAGUGUAAACCUGAAGCAGCCCAGGCCACUUACUCGACAUCAGCUGCUCCAGGCUCACAGGAGGUGUUGUACAUCAAUGGCAACGGGACCUACAGUUACCAUAGUUACAGAGGGCUAGGAGGGGGACUGCUUAAUCUAAAUGAUGCUUCCAGUAGUGGACCUACGGAUCUCAGCAUGAAGAGGCAGUUGGCAACCAGCUCAGGAUCCUCCAACAGUUCAAGCUCCAGACCCCAGCUGAGUCCCACUGAGAUCAACGCCGUGAGACAGCUUGUGGCAGGCUAUCGAGAAUCAGCUGCAUUUUUACUGCGCUCUGCAGAUGAACUGGAAAAUCUCAUUUUACAACAGAACUGAGUCCAAUGAUGACCAUAUUCACUGAGGUCUAGAUUUGCAGUUUCCACUAAUGACAUUUUGAUUUCUCAGCAGAGAUACGUCUGAUCUUACUGCACAAUCUUUUAAGAGAAAUACUUCCAUUAUGCCACAUUGUCCUUGAUCCAUAAAGUGAUGUGUUAAGGUGCUUCAAAGGAACUCUGACCUCUGAAGUACUUGAGGUACUGUAAUGUGUCCAGCCUAUUGCUUUUUGUCUUAGUGUGUCAGCAUAAAUAUCAAGAGCAAGAAAGGCUGUAUAUUCUUAAUUCAAGGAUAAAACAGAAGAAGCUUGUGGUAUAAAAACAUAGUUCAAGAUCCAACUGAAAUAUUAGUGGAUUUUGCUACUGACUCAUUGAACUGAAAGCUGAAGUUUCUGGCAAAAAAAAAAAAAAAAAAGCCAAAUUUCUUGUUGCUACAGGAUAUAACAACAAUGAAAAGGAUCUUGUAUUUUAAAAAAAAUGUAAUUUUUAUAAAAAGAAAACUUGUUUUUCAUUCAAAAUUGUCAUUUUUACUUUGGUAACUUUUUCAUAGGUCCUAAAAGAAAACUGUUUUGAGAAAACUACUGUAAGUACCUUUUCCACAUCCCUUUGCCUUCUCCUCUUUCCAAAUUCUUUCUACACAAAUAACACUUGAUGCUGGAAAACCCCUUGCCUGCGUUCUUUAAAUCAUCAUAUCAGGAACUGCUUCCAAGUGAAGCCUACAUUUCUGCUCUCAUGUUGAUCUCAGAAACCCUACUCUACACUGCAGCUUCCCUUUGCCAGUUUCUAUCACAGAUACUUUUAAUGUUAAAAAUACAUAUUGAAAAAAAAAUCACACAUUGGUUUCUUAGAGCUGCUCACUCCUGAUUGCCACUGCUGUCUUACAGGUAACCCUCUAGCAGCAAUUGGAUGUAGGUGACUGAAUGUUAAGAGGUUGCAAGUGACAAUCUGAAAAUUUGCACUCCUAUGUGUACUUUUCUUUUCAUUUUUCUCUUUCCAAAAUAGUUUCCAAAAAGACUAUUAUGUCUCCUGAUAUGAUUUGUAUAAUUUACAGUUCUAGCUAAAAAUAAUGUAAAGAACUCUCAGUGGAUGCAGCUGCAACUCACAAUGAACUGUUCCUUCCUAUUCCCCACACUUCGCCCCUCUUUCUUAUUUUAUAGUGUUGGAUACACGAGUGGUGUUUUCUUUGUGCACUGAGGCAAGCCUGUUUUUAAAUUAUUUAGGAAAAAGUGCUUUAGUUCAUGCUUCUUGUAGAAUUAUUUUUCUGUUGUUUAGUUUUGGUUGGAUUACAGGUUCCUUGUGCAUUCCUGAAUUUGCCUUAUUUCAUGUAAAAUUUCUGUCAUUCGGUUUUCGACAAUGAGUUGAAGGCAUCAGUGAUAUUUCUUAUCUACUUGUUACAUAUAGUUUUUCAAGUAAUGACUGUGAUUGUGACCAAGUAAUGUGCACUUUUUCUUGUAACUGUGGACAUUGCUAUGCUUUUUUUCUUCUAGUGUUUCUAGAAUUACUGUUCCUUACAGUUACGUAAACAAAAAACAAAAACAAACAAAAAAAGAAAACUUUUGUGAUACUGUUGGUGAAUAUAAUGUGAAAAUCUUAUUGAAAUAUGAGUAUUUUGGAAAUACAUAGAUGCACAAACACCUUUUAAGGUGUGGAUUUAGAGUUUGCUUAUUUAAAUGAAAAUUCAAAAAUUGAGGGCUGGUAUAAUUUUCUCUGUUUUGUUUGGUUUAAUAAACAGAUUUCUGUGUUAAAACAAUGAUUGUGAAACCUUAAAAACUUUCUGAAUGAUUUAAUGCUUAAUUGUGAGCCAUCUGCUUUUAAAAUAUGAAAUACUAUUUUGUACCUAUAUUUAGCACAAAUGGACAUGCCAAACUUAAGUCUCAAGAAUAUCCAAAAGUCUGCAGGGUCUCAAGAUUGUCUAAUAAAGACUUUAAUCUAACAACGGACAAAGGAAA